GAACAAGUUUUGUUUAACAGCAAAGAAUGCCAAAUAAACUCUCAGGGGGCAACACUACAUACAGUAUGACAUACAGUUGCUUCAGCGAACAGAUGUUUUUGGAAAUUUAGAAAAAAUCAAGAAUAAUUUUGUACCUUUGGGUAGCUUUCCCGAACUGGAGAAAUAGUCCUAGGAAGAAGGUGUUGACGAUGUCCUCUAUGCUUGGCAGCGUACUGCGACAGGCAUUUAAAACAUUCGAUCAAGCUAAUAAUGCCACUUUCAAUGCCAAUUUUGCGAUGCUUAAAGAAUUAACUGAACAACUUACGUUUCGCGAUAUCCAUAUACAACCUCAAUAUUUCGAUGCGGUGUUCAAGAGGGCCGACGACCCGGCGCCAUGCAACUAUAUGCAAAUUUUCGAAGAUGAAAUGUUUUGCAUGAGUGUAUUUGUGAUGCGCGAAGGCUAUACAAUGCCUCUCCACGAUCAUCCCUGUAUGCAUGGUCUUUUACGUGGUCUUUUCGGGAAACUAAAAGUGCAGUGUUAUACUAAACAGCCGUUAAGUCCUAAUGAACCGCUUUAUGAUCGAAAGGCACGGGAAGUGUAUGUGCACCCAAAAGAACCGAAGAUCAUAGAAUCGAGCACAGAAUGUGCUGUUCUGACGCCGAUAGACAGUAAUUACCAUGAAAUAACAUCUGUUGGCGGUGUAGCAGCCUUCCUUGAUAUACUCAGUCCCCCGUACGAAACAAAUAUCCCGCAGUAUGGAAGUCGACGUUGCCGCUUUUACCGUGCAGGCUCACCAAAAUUAACUACCAUCGUCACUGAAACUGGUUUACUUGAAAAGCAAGCGGAACAAAUGCCGCUAAUACGUUUAGAACGCAUCCCGACACCUCUAACUUACUAUUGUGAUACUACUGAUCCACCGGAUGAGGUUAUUCAAUGCGCCUACCUUUGCGCAAUUGAGGCAUAUAACACGUCGUAAUGUGUAAAGACGAAGAUAUGAUGCCAAACUAGUUUAACGUAGGAGUAAAAUGUAUUUAAGUAGUCCACGUUAUUAUCUUAUUUUCUUACGCCAUUAAACAUUGUUUUAUUAGUACCUAGGAUACGUUUUUUUUUUCAAUCAAAUGCAUCACACCCCAAAUUGUUAAAUAAAUGA